UAAUAUUAUUUUAUUGUAAAUUAAUCUCUCAGGAGAGAGAGAUAUUUCAGUAUUAUAAAUGAUAUUUACAUAUUGCCAUAUUACAAUUACCUCUUUAUUGAUUCUACGUUAAUUAAGGAUCUCAUUUCAGUUAUGAAUGUAAUAUGAUCAAUGAUUCCGUUAACUGAAAUUGCGAUGUUAUGUUAUAUCUUACUGUACCAAUUACAUCAAUUAAUUAUAUCGUGUAUCAACUGCGGAAAUAUAUAUUAAAUUAAGUUAAAUAGUAAAGAAAAAUAUAUAAUAUUAGUUUCUAAUUUCAUUUAAUUACAAUUAAGAUUUAAUUACUAUUAAUAUUUGGAAAUCAAAAUCAUGAAAGAUAUUAAGAACAUGUUCUAACUUACACGCCUUCCUUUCGUAGAUUAUUUUAAAUGAAAGCGUGUACAUAACGAGACUCAAGACCAAAUAUUAUUAAGACACGUGCAAUAGAAGUAUAGUCUGAAGAAAAUACCUAACCGAAUCAAUACUGAAGUAUCCACGAUCAACACACGUACUCGUCGCGUCAAAACAACCCUCCACGUGGUGGCAAGAACUACACUUCUCUCCGCUACCCUCGAGACUACUCACCGUUUCUCUCUAACUUUCUCUCUCUCUCUCUCUUUCUCGCUCUCCCCUACCCUUGUCGCCAGUGUGCUCUUGCUGCUUACUUCGCACGGUUUGAGCUGGCCCGAUUGUCAGUCGGUCCCCGGCUCUGAUGGUGCAAGGAGCAUCGAGGAGCACGUGCCGCUUUCUCUAGCAGAGCAUCACAUGAGGACGCACAGAAGAAUCGAAUCAUCCUGAGAUUUAAAUUCUCUUACCGGGACGGACAUCCACGGGUAAAAGAUUUCCGCAUUCGACCGAUUCCGGACGAAAUUAAAAUUUCUAGACGUAACUUCGAUCUAGAAAUUGCAAGUUCGAGACCCGAAGUUCGAGGCAGGCGGCAAGACUUGGAAGGAAAAUAAGAGGAGGAGGAAGAAGAGGUGAGACGGGCGAGAAGAAGAGGUGUCAGUCGCUGUUAGUUCGUCGAUCGUGCCCGGCACGUGCGCGUACCUGGCCCCUCGUGCCUUCGAAAGAAGAAGGGUGCAUUGGCGGAAGGAGCGAAGAAGGAGAGAAGAAGAAAAGGAAGCGGCCGAAGCGGAAAGUGACGGCAGUGCGCUCCGAACCGUCAGGCGGAACGCUGAGAAAGAGUGCUGAGCGGAAUCGGUGCUCCCCUGCGUGCACAGAUGCGUGCCGCACCACGUGACUCUCUCGAAACACCCCCGACCGUUUCUUGAAUUGUACAUCUCACAUUGAAUCGUCACCAUCCUGUCGCAGUAAUCGCGGGCACUUUCGUAAUCGGUCGAUAAUCAUCAAUCGAACUUUGAUGACCGUAUCGGAUGGACGAACGUAAUGAGACACAGUGGUGUGACUCUUUGACGAGACCGGAAUGGUUCGCGUGAGGAUAGACACGCGCUGGUGCACGCGCGUGAAUUGAAGGUGGUCGACAUUAAUUGCGGUGGUUGCGUGUGAAUAAGGGCACGACGAUUCGUCGCGAGCGGUGACGACUAUAUUGUAUCAGUAUUCGAGGGUGGACCAAGAUGACGACGGCAUUGCAGAUUAUAUUGUGCCUGGCGGCUUUGAUCCCGAUGAUAGUUACCGAGGACAAGCCGACGAACACAGUCUCGAUUUCCUCGAGUUCGCAGCCGGAAUAUCAGAGCAACACGAUACAGAAACUGAUCAGCAUCUUGGGAAAAUAUGACCUAGACGAUCAGAGGGGACUGAAGAGGGUGUAUCUGAGCAACAGGUCGAUCACUUGCAACGAUGGAUCGCAGGCCGGUUUCUACCUACGAAAGUCCCACGGCUCCAGGCGGUGGAUCAUGUACCUGGAGGGCGGCUGGUAUUGCUACGAUCAGAAGAGCUGCAAGUCCAGGUGGCUGCGGGUGCGGCAUCUGAUGACGUCAACCCAGUGGCUCGAGACACGCGACGUUGGAGGAAUACUCUCUCCAAACGCGGACGAGAAUCCAUUCUUCUGGGGUGCGAAUCACGUUUUCGUUCCUUACUGCACGAGCGACAGUUGGAGCGGUACCAGGACUGUCAAGACACCGGAUGAUAUGUUUUCAUUCAUGGGGGCAGAGAUUGUGCUCCAGGUUGUCCGAGACUUGGUUCCCCUUGGCCUCGAAAACGCGAGCGCCUUUCUUUUGGCGGGCAGCAGUGCGGGUGGCACUGGCGUGAUGCUGAAUCUGGACCGCGUACAGGAUCUGGUGCAUCGCGAAUUGGGCUUGAGACAUGUUUCUAUACGUGGUGUAUCGGAUUCCGGAUGGUUUCUCGAUAGAGUACCUUAUUCUGCGAACGAUCUAUCACCCGUCGAUGCGAUACAGAAAGGGAUGGAAUUAUGGAAGUCUCGGAUGCCCACUAAUUGCGCGCUUAGAUAUCCUGACGAACCUUGGAGAUGUUUUUUUGGAUACCGACUGUAUCCAACUUUAUCCGCACCGUUGUUCGUCUUCCAAUGGAUAUUCGACGAGGCUCAGAUGAGGGCCUACAACAUGGCUGCACCAAAAACGAGGCAACAAUGGGAUUAUAUACAUAAGAUGGGUGACAGUUUGCGACAGACAUUCGACAAUGUUAGCGCGGUGUUUGCUCCGAGCUGUAUUAGUCACAGUGUUCUGACGAAAAGGGAUUGGAAGCUGGUUAAAAUAGACGACGUUUCCUUUGCGCAGGCAUUGUUCUGCUGGGAUCAAAUACCGGUCGCGAAACAUCAUAACAAUACUCACGCGCAAAUCGAGAGCAAUCAACCGUGCGGGAAGCCAUCGAAAAAGUCACUGCGUUCUGGUGCCAGAAAGGGAAAUGGUACCACGAUCGAGGAUGAAAAAAGUCAAACUGAAUCUUCCGCGGAAAUGCAAAAAGCUCGAUUGUCUGUCAUUGGUAAAAUGCAGGAGAACAAGGCGGCCUCCGGCUUGAGUCAAGAGCGGGAGAACAAGAAGAAGCGAAACAAGAGGAAACACAAAGGCAGAAAGAGAGAGAGGAAGGAGAGGAGGGACAGAGAGAGGAACAAAGAAGAGAAGACGAAAAAAGAGAAGCACGAGCGAAGGAAAGGCGGCGGUCGUCGAAAAGGCAAGCAAGUUAACGGCAACAACCACACGGCUAUGUUUAACGGCACCAGGCCACAACGAUCGGUAAUACCAUCGAGCAAACGGCAUUGCAUCCAGGACUGCCAUUUCCGUAUGAUCGAACGCUGCACUUGGCCGCAAUGUAACCAUAGCUGCCCCAAGUUACAUAAUCCCUUUACAGGCGAGGAAAUGGACUUUAUCGAACUGCUCAAGAGCUUCGGUCUGGAUAUGAAAAGCGUCGCGAACGCUCUCGGCAUCGACAUACACACGUUGAAUAGUAUGGAUCACGAGGAGUUGUUGAAUCUUCUGACACAACGGGCGAACUAACGAAGGACAUUCUUUCGUAAUGACUAUACACAGGGACAUUUCCCUGCUCGCUUAACCGACAUUUCCGUACUUGGUACUUGCUCCAAAGUCUGAAUUCAAUAUUUACUUGCAGUAUCAAACACCAUGCUUCAGACAAAUGCAAUACCACCGUACCACCGGUGCCAAUGUUACAGUGUGUACUUAAAUUCGAGAAAAUAUACUAUUGCUAACGCGCGUUGGGAGUUAAAAAUUGGGACGAAAAUCUAUCGACUGACUUAGAAGACACGUAUAAAGCAACAAAGAAAUUGUCUUUUGUCUUAAUAACAAGUUUUAUCUUAAUAACAACGGUCCGUGAAGGAAUGUGAACUAAGAUUCACAGUACAAACACAAUUCUAUGAUUUGCAUGACCAUCUUAAUAGUUAAUUUUGUACAAUUGUUUUACAAGUGUUUUAAUUUUGUACAAUUAUCUUAAUUUUGUAUAAAUAAUGUUUGAACUCGAAAAUGAUUGUGUUGCACUUCAACUGAUUGUGUCUUCGCGUAUCGCGGACUUGAAUUUUGAUUUAAAGACUGCUAGUAACUGCCGAUGACUCAUUAACUCCGUUUACGAAAAACAUGUGACCUCUGUUUUUUCUUUGUACGGCAUUUCGAGCGAAACUAACACGUUUGAAUUAAAGACGCGUUACACGUUGUUACGUUACGUGUUAUUACGUAUCUAACCAAAAUGAAUGUACAUAAUUUCGUAGGGAGUCGGCGUGUUUGUAGAACACGCGCUUUGCAGAACAGACGAGAAUGCCGAAUGAGUGUAACGAUUCUGAUUGGCGUUUCCGCCGACGAACAGAGAGAAGACGAGAGUUCUAACUCGGAAGUGUAUAUUUUAUAUUGUACGAGCACAGGAAUAUUUUAAUUUAUUAUAGUUCUUAGGUAAAAUAACCAAGCAUGUUUUACUACUAUAUUUUACGUAUUAAUUCGACAUUCACGGCGUGAAGUUUGUCGCUGAAAUCAGACCGGGUUUCAACAGAACCUUUCCAAAACAUCGUACCUGUUCGAAUGCAAUGCUUUUUGUCCCCUCAUUGUCAAAGGAUCCUUUUCCUCCAAGAAUCUCGAUGAGCUUCUGCGUUCGUCACGCGUAGAUCAAUCACAAAUUCAAUUUGAUACAUUACUUAAGGAUCAACGUAACUCAGUUACACGCACGGAAGACUGUAAAAAGGAUUUUCCAAUGGCAAACAGGACUGAUUUCCUCUCUUUUUUUUUUCUAUUUAAUGUCGAAACGGAAAUUUGCCAGUAAGUAACGACAACCCGACCGACAAAGCAGCUUCAUAGACUGAUUAAAUUAUCUACCUCAACGAAUCAAAUCGUAUUAACGUACUUCCUUCGUGUACUAUAAUUGUCAAUUUAGUGCAUCACGAAAUAACAACACUUAUUGUAAAUUAAUGCGCGUAAAGUAUUGUAUAUUGUAUCUAUGUCUCGAAUUUUGUAAUAUAGCUGCCAAGGUAAUGUUAUUUAUUUAACGUAGCGUAGAUUCCACGAUGGCAGCGGCAUACGCUCUUUGUCGUGUGCACGUAUGUAUAACAUCUCGAUGGCAUCGAUGGCAAUAAAAGAGUAUCGUAAUUAUAAAACAAUGUUUUACAAUUAUUUUUGUACAAUGAUUAAUUGUAGAUUAAAAUAAGUUUUACAAUAAUUAAUUGUACAAUAAUGAACCUUUCAAUACGUAUAGUGUACUAAAUAAUACAUAUAAUAUUAUAUGUACUAUUUUUUGGCUGAAUAUUACAUCAAAAUUCUAUUAAAAACAAUGGACGUACGAUAUUAAAUAAAUAUAAUAUUUCUAUGGAUCUAUAAUUAGAAUAAUUUUUAAAGACAUGUUACUAAUAAAAUAUUGUUCGAAAAUGAAUUUGCACAACUAGAACUGUAAUUACAAUACAGAAAUGCAAUUACAAUAUUUUUUAUUGAUGUCAUCGAUGCACCGAUAUAUAGGAAACUCUAUUUUGGGAUUUAAUUUACUUUCGUGUCUUUAAAUUACAAUCCUGUUUCCAUAAAUGUGAUCAGAAUAAUCGUACUAUAUUUCAAAGCUUCCAUUUGCAUUCACUCGUAUACCAUAACAUAUACUGUUAUCUUCUAAAGAAGCAUGACACUGUAAAUAAAUUGUAUAUCUGUUGUACUGAGAUAUAUAGUGGAGUCAUUUAUCUGUAUUGCCUUGACCCGUAUGGAGAUCAAUAAUGUGUAAUAAAAGUCCAUAUUAUUGUGUCCUGUCAUAA